CAUAUGCGGAAGAGAUGCAUCAUCUAUAUGUGAGUUUAAGAGCUUCAUAAACACAUCAUGAGUUCUAAGAGGAAGAAAAUAUGGGCAUUGCAGUCGACGGCGCUGAAAGAAGGAACCGGAGAGAACAUCAUAAAAUAACCACUUUUACGGGAUUUUAAUUCUGAAUAUAAACUUGAGGAAGAUCUCAAGAGUUUAUUUUGGAUUUCCAGAAGUUUCCCAAAGAUGAUGUCCUUCAGCAUAUCGUUUACUCUACUCGCUGUUGUGAGUGGCAUGCUACAUGUCGAGAUCACAGAGACAGGAACAGAGGGAAACAUCGCGGUCAUCACAUGUCCUUAUAGUAAAGGAUAUGAAUCUUACACCAAGUAUUUCUGUAAGGGAGGCUAUACAGACUGUGAGAAUAUUUUAAAAUCUAAUGGGAAGGACUCCUGGACAUCUAAAGACAGAAUCAUUAUGAAUGACGACACAGAGCAGAAAAAGCUGGUAGUGACCAUCCGUGACCUCAGAAUGGAGGAUGCAGGAGAUUACGGCUGUGGAAUCGAGACAACAGGACGAGACCCUUUUACUUUAGUCCAUCUGAAAGUGAUUAAGGCUCCUCAGCCACCGAAAAGAACUCAAUCAAAGCCCACCCAGUCUUCACCACCACCUCCCACCAAAAACAACGAAAGCCAUGCUCCCACCGUCUCCACCAAUAAAACAGCCGGGAACUCCACUUCAGCAGUGACUAAUGGAACAGGAAGACCACAGGACAGAGGAAACACCACUCGGCCUGCCACCAACUAUCGAGACUCAGACACUCUCCUCAGUGUUGGAGGAGUAUUAGGUGGAGUUCUGCUGGCGCUGGCAAUUAUAUGUGGGCUUUUCUUUGCCUUAAGAUGCGGUGCAGGGAAGGAAACGGCAGCUACAAGUCAACCAAACUCGGAGGUGAACAUGGAGGGUGCCCGGGUGUAUGAGGAGAUACAAACCACUGAUACCGCCCAAGCUAAUGGCUCUGUCUCAACCCAUCAGGGCACAGUGUCGUACUCAGCAAGUGACCAAUGUUCUAACCCUCAUCCAGCAUGUAUCACCGUGUACUCUGCAAUAACAAAUCAGGGCCUCAAUUCACACUCUGAUCACACCUGUCCCAGCCAACACACACACUAUGCUGUGACCCCCGUUAAGGAACUGCACAUUGAAACCCCCCAAAGCUCAAAAGAACCAAAUUAUUGCAAAGUAUAUUUUGCAAAUAACAAAAGUAUGGAUGAAAGUCCAACAUACUCCCUCAUCACUGCCCCCAAAAUCUCAACGGACAGUGUUUCACAUUACUCGGCUAUUCAGUUUCCACAAACUCUCAGUUCAGACCAUGAACUCCAGAACAUGGUCUCAAAACAAGGAAUAGACCAUGUCUAUGAUAAUACUAAUAUCUGCUAGGACUUCUAAUAGUAUAUUAGUGUUACCCGAUUAAACGUUUGUUUGUUUGGUGUUUGUUUUUUUGUUUUUAUGCAGGACGGGGUCCUACAUUAAACUCUGACAUUUUAUGUUUGUAAAAUAUGGACUCCCUAUGGGGACGUGGCUUAAAAAAAAAAAAAAAGCACCAGAUACUAUUGGGUGAACACUAGUAACUUUCUAUUGAGCACCAGAUUCUGUGGUGAGCACCUGAUAUUAUCUAGUGAGCACCAGAUACUAUCAAGUCAGCACUAGAUAUUUUCAAAAAAUAUUACCACAUCUUUAUCUGAUGCUCACCACAUAAUAUCUAAUGUGCACCUGAUAGCUUUGGGUGCCAACCACAUAGUAUCUAGUGCUGACCUGAUAGUACCAGGUGCUCACCACACAGUAUCUAGUGUUGUGUGUUGUAGUAUUGUGUGCCAACCACAUAAUAUCCAGUGCUCACCUGAUCGUAUUAGCUGCUCGCCACACAGUAUCUGGUGUUCACCUGAUAGUACUGUGUGCUCACCACAUAGUAUCUGGUGCUCACUUGUGACUAGUUGUUUCCUAUAGUAUUUAAAUGAAUGUAUAAGGCAAUCUGUUCAGCUCUUGAAGUCCUGGGAAAGCUUGCUUGGCUAUAUGUGUGUGUGUAUAUAUAUAUAUAUUGUGUAAAUGGACGAUUUUCCUUUUGGCUGUGUUUGGCUUGCUCUCUGUUUCUGACCAAAACUUAAUAGUGACGUAAGAGUAUUACUGUAAUACUUAUUGAGUUUAAAUACAAACAAGUGAUUCUAUUAAAUAAAAAUUCACUAAAAUGACAAA